UUGUUCCCCGCGCUGGCCUGAGGAGGCGGAGCUCUCCUGUCGGCCCCGCCCCGCGGUGGUCUUGCCAGCCUCCUUCCGUCGCCGAAUGAUCCCCGGCCACACACUGGCAGGUUGGCGGCGGCGCACCUACCCGAAUCUCCCCAGGAGCUCCGUCUGCUGUCGCAGCAGGCAGGCGGGACUGCAGGGUGGGGGGAUCGAGCCUUAAAUGCAAGAAUGGCGGCGUCGCCGGCUCGGGAGCUCACACAGAACCCCCUGCAGAAGAUCUGGGUGCCUUACAACAACGGGCUCCCGGCAAAGCACAGCGCACAACGCGGGGUAUGUAUGACCAAUUGCCCUACGCUGAUAGUCAUGGUUGGCCUCCCAGCAAGAGGAAAAACCUAUAUCUCCAAAAAAUUGACACGUUACUUAAAUUGGAUUGGAGUGCCUACAAAAGAAUUUAACGUUGGUCAGUACCGGCGGGACUUGGUAAAAACAUAUAAGUCAUUUGAAUUCUUCCUGCCAGACAAUGAAGAAGGCCUGAAAAUCCGAAAACAGUGUGCCUUAGCAGCACUAAAUGAUGUUCGACGCUAUCUCAGCGAAGAAAAUGGUCAUGUAGCAGUUUUUGAUGCCACAAACACUACAAGAGAACGGAGAGAAACCAUCUAUAGAUUUGGUGAGGAAAAUGGGUAUAAGACUUUUUUUGUUGAGUCAGUAUGUGUUGAUCCAGAGGUCAUUGCUGCAAAUAUUGUGCAAGUGAAACUGGGAAGUCCUGAUUACAUUGACUGUGGUAGUGAUGAAGCUGCAGAGGAUUUCAUGAAAAGAAUUGAGUGCUAUAAGAAUUCGUACGAGACUCUAGAUGAAACACUAGACAAGGAUCUUUCUUAUAUUAAAAUCAUGGAUGUUGGAAGGAGUUAUCUUGUGAACCGAGUAAUGGACCAUAUCCAGAGUCGGAUUGUUUACUACCUCAUGAAUAUCCACGUAACCCCUCGUUCCAUCUACCUCUGUCGACAUGGUGAAAGUGAACUUAAUCUCAAGGGAAGGAUAGGAGGAGAUACUGGGUUGUCCUGUCGAGGGAAAGAGUUUGCCAAGAGUUUGUCACAGUUCAUUAAUGAGCAGAACAUCAAGGAUCUGAAGGUAUGGACAAGCCAGAUGAAAAGGACCAUUCAGACUGCAGAGGCAUUGAGAGUGCCUUAUGAGCAAUGGAAAGUUUUGAAUGAAAUUGAUGCGGGAGUCUGUGAAGAAAUGACAUACGAAGAAAUUCAGGAAAACUAUCCGUUAGAAUUCGCUUUGAGAGACCAGGACAAAUACAGAUACAGAUAUCCGAAGGGAGAGUCCUAUGAAGAUCUCGUUCAGAGGUUGGAACCAGUAAUUAUGGAGCUGGAAAGGCAGGAAAAUGUACUUGUAAUCUGCCAUCAAGCUGUCAUGCGCUGUUUGCUUGCUUACUUCCUGGACAAGCCUGCAGAACAAUUGCCUUAUCUCAAGUGCCCACUGCAUACUGUCUUAAAGCUAACCCCAGUGGCCUAUGGCUGCAAGGUGGAAUCCAUAUUUCUGAAUGUUGAGGCUGUAAAUACGCACAGAGACAAGCCACAGAACGUAGACAUUUCAAGACCUCCCGAGGAAGCUCUUGUAACUGUCCCUGAACACCAGUGAAUCCCGUGUCCUGAUCAGCUAUGAAAUGUGAAUGUAUGUGUUAGCCGCUCUCGGGAAGAAGCCUUGAGGACUGUCCCUAAUCAUUUGUAGCUCCCUUGACCCACAGCGCCGUCCCAAACUGCUGAAGCAGCAUUAAGGAAACAACUCAGGGACACGAGGAUGAAGAGAGCCUCCAAGAAUGCCAAGCAACACAAAAAUGCACGUGUUCCUCUUCUUAGACUGUGUGCGGACGUCCUGUGACCAAGCGGACUUGGCAUUAAAGUCGACAUGUACCAACUAUUUAUGGAACAGAGAAUGAAAUUGCUUAAUAUAUGUUAUCUUGAUCUUGUUCUUCACUGCUGGGUGUGAAAGAGUAUAAGACACUUUUAAUGUACUGUAACAUCUUAACUUUAAACUUUAGCAUUCUUCUAGUAUAUUUUCCAAAGAUGCAGUAACUGUGAAAGACCAUCCAGCUCUAACCGUCCUGCAGUCCUAUUUAUUAUAUUAUUCGACUAUUAUAGAAGUAUACAUUACCAAACACAGAACAAGUGUUCCCCUGACUCUUACAGUGGUUAUUCCAGCAUACAUAAAUAAAAAGAAUACUUGUCUCAGAAACGAUUAAUUAUAGUUUCCAUUUUGGAAAUGUACUCUGUUUAUCCAUUUCAGCAGCAAACUUCUUCCAAACCAUGACUUAUUUAUUGUUAGAUCUCCAGCUUUUGGCCGUCACACAUGGUAAUGAGUUUUGUCUUUAUUUCUUAUACCUACUUUCUCAUUUACGACAUUUAGAGAUUUCACAUCAUACUGCAGAGCAUCUAAUUGUAAGCCUAUGCAGGUGGUUAUAUCUCAAGUGCUCUCCUUCUAUAUUUUAAGUAUCCUAAAAUAUUCCCGAUUUCCUUUUGGCAUUCUAUAUGAAUAUGUUCUUUUCUACUUCAUAUGGAUGUGAAAUCUAUUUUGUCAGCUUGUAUGUGUUUAAUGCCCUCCCCCAGGAAAACUUUCCCCCAAGUAAGAAGGUUCCAAUGAUGCCUAUGGAAACAGAGGAUAUGAGCAAUAUCUUCCAUAUUCAACAUGGAAAAAAAUAUUAGAAAAACUUAGAACAUUGGGUGGGAUCCUAGCUUGUGUGAGUGGAAAUUGUUCCUAACAGUAGGCCCUGCACUCCUGGAAAAUCCUUUCCUGAAGGCCAGGGAAGGGAAGUGGGAUGGAGCGUUGGGGAGCCUGCAGGGUGAUGAGGGAACCCUCUAAACCAGGCACCCAGAAGAUGUCUGCGCCUGAUUUCUGGGGACUACACGCUGCAGCCAUCCAUGCCCCAUCCCUUUCCCCCAUGGUCUCUGGAGGGGCAAAGGUGGUGGGGGAAUAGCCCUUGUGUGCACUUGGGCCUCUCAUGCAGGUUAGGAUCCAACCCAUUCUGUAGAGUUCCCGCAGAUAAGCAAAGCAUUAAGAGAGCAGAACAAAAUGCCAUUUAAUCACUCAGACCUCAUAACAGGCAUUCCAGUCAUUUGUCUUAUGACAGCUUGUUUAUUCGUUUGUUCUUUCUUCAACCAAAGUUGCAGUUAAAACAUCAUCUGAUUGGUUUUUAUUGUAGAUUAGUGAUCACCUGCAGUAUAUUGCUUAUCCACUGGUUGGGUAAGGAGAAAGAGAUGCUUUAGCAUACCUGCUUUAUCCAUGAGUGGCUUUUCUCACAAGAUGACAAGACACAGCAUGUAUCUUGAGAAUGAUAAUGAAAUAUUCUGCAGUCCUCCCCAAAGGAGAACUACCGGUGUUAGAUAUCUGUGGAUCUUAGCAUCCACCUCUCAGUCUCCAUGCAUCGCUUGAGUGGUGAGGCAGAAAUGAAAUGAAACAUACGAUGCAAUUCUGUGUAUGUUUAUUUAGAAGCAAGUCCCACAGUAAUCAGUGGGGUUUGCUCCUUUGUAAGUGUGUUCUAGGAUUGUGAAGCAUUCUUAUGCAUCAAGGAAUAAAAUCUUCUGAAACUUUUAUCAGCCCUUCUGGGCCACAGUCCAUUGGAAAUAUGAAUCACACAUGUCCUGUUGAAAUGAAUGGAAGGUGCAGGGAAAAGAUCCUGUUAGAGUGUGUCUUAAUCUAUUGUAUUUGUUGUACCAUGCCAAUAUCUCGUGUAAAUAAUUCUUCAUGUGCUAGAAAUGAGCAAGCAGCAGAUUAGAUGUAUGUCAGGCGCUUGAAACAAAGAAAGCUCUGUCCUCUGUAAUUGGAAUGUGCUUUGUCUUGCUGUCUGUAUUGGUACUUUACUGAAUUUUGCCAUGUUAAUAAUGUUUGAGUUCUGUGCAAUGUACUGUGCAAGCGGGGGCUCAGUUUGUUUUACUGCAUAUGGAGUGGGGAACUAUAAUGCAACCUGCAGCUGAGUUGUGAAUUUCUUUAAUAAGUCAGUUCUAGCAAUAUAUUCACUCCUCUGGAGAUAAGCCAUAAAGCUAAUUUUAUUCCAGAAAACUAAAGACUAUGUUGUUAAAUUAUCAAACCCUUAAAAAGCAAACACUUGUUGAAAGCGCUUUAUCUUUGUUCUAUCCAGUAUGAUAAUAUGCUUUUACAUCAUAAUAUAUUUAUUCAGGUAGAUCACUAGUUACUGGGGGAAGGGGGUUGAAAAGCACUGCUCCUGCCCCCCGCCCCCGUGAAAUGAUGCUGCAUGGGAGCUGGGGGAGGAGGUGAUGUUGUAGAGUGGUUUUUCCAGGUGAGUUCUGUUAAUAAGCAAGCCAGAUUUUGUUCUGGAUUGGGGCCACAAAGUCUAAUGGAUUUUCUGCUAUUCUUGGCUGGCUGUAAUGAAUCUUUAAGAAGUUGAGGGUUCCCCAGGAAACUGUGUGGUUAUCAUUAUAUUUUAUAUGGUAAAUAUACUUCUUUGUAAGAAAAAUACUCUCCUAUAAAUCAGCUUAGCCGAUAGACUAGUCUGGUGGGUGUAAAAUGUUCUAACCUUUCCUUAACCAGAAGGAAGUAUUUGUUUUCUUAUUUUAUAGACUUCAUAUUUUUCAAUGUGCUGUAAAUUUCUGUGGCUAAAUAUUUUAUGUAUAGUAGAUAUUUUUAUAGAUUACAUAUAAGUAUAAUGUGAUAACAGUGGUUUCUUCUAUUUACAGAAUGUAUGUAUAAUUGAAAAAAUUAUUGUAUGCAAGUGUAAAUUAUAAAUUUUAUGUUGAUACUUGAAAAUGACAAGGAAGCUGUCAGUUCUAAUUUAACUUCUACUCUAAUUUUAAACACACAAUGUAGAAGUAAGCCUCUUUUGAAAUCAGGUGACUUGCUUCCAAGUACCUGAGUUUAGAACCUUAUCUGAAUUCCCUGUUGAUCAGCUCCUUUAGAUCUGCUGUGUUUGUCUCCUUAGGGCUAGCUUCACACAUUAUAGUGGUUUUUUAGGUGUAGAUGGUGAGUGCAACAGAUGUCUGUACAAAUAUGUGCAACAUAGGUACACUUUUCAGGGAGCUGUGAUUAGCUGCCGUCCCCUGUUAGGUGUGUACUUGAUGGCCACUCUCUGUUAAAUGCGUGAAAUGGCUCUGGGUAGUUUUAAAAUAGUAUUAAAAUCCUUCUGCUUAUCCUACUUUGUACAGUAAACCUAAAUGACUUUAACUGAGAGUUUUGAAUGCAGAUUUGACUGUUAAUUCAUUUACUAGUUCCAGUGCAAUCCUUAGAUAGGCUUUGAUAUACUUGGCCUUCAAUUUCAUAUUUUGAGGGAGAUAUUCAUUGUUCUGUAAUACUUGCUGCAAACCAAUAAACAUUCAACUUUGAACUGUAA